AUGGAUCAAAAUCGAAAUUAUUUCAAUUUUUUUGAUUAUUUUGUCGAUUCGAUACACGAUAAUCUAAAUUUCAUUACGAUACCUAACAAGAACAACAAUAAUCAUAGUGCUACUGGUGAUGGUGGUAAACCUAUCAACUGUGGUUGUAUUAUUGAUACUUCUACGCCAGAAACCACUGCACAAGGUUUUAAUGCUUGGCUCAAGAAAAAUUUUAUGGCCGAAGGACUGGAAACGAAAUCUUCUGCUAUUUUAGGCAUGAACUCAUAUGGUCGACCAUAUUGUCCUGGAAGACCCUUAAGUAUGAAAGAGAGAAAUCAAAUUAUUGAAUUAUACAACAAUGGAAUUAAGGUUAAUGCUAUCUCUAAACAAUUAUGCAUAUCACAUGGAUGUGUAUCAAAAAUUAUUUCCAGGUUUCGCGAAACAGGAAUACUAUAUCCAACAAGAAUAUCUGAAAGAAAGCAAUCAAGAAAAUCAAGGUUAUAUCGAUGUCCUUACAACUGA